CGCGCCACUCGCGGGAUUGCAUCCUUCUGGCCUGACAAGAUAGCCUUAAAUCACUCUACCAUACCAUACAUAUAUACGCAAUUGUAAUAGUUAUAAUAUUUCCACUACUUAUUACUUAUGAUUCACUAGACUAGCUAGUCGGGAUGGCUACUAUUCCCAUGUGCUCGAACGUAUAUUUGACUCUUAUUUACGAUUAAGACAUUUGAGCACUGAAAUCUUUAAGGCAUUCCUUUGACUACGGAUGUGACGGAGCAAAACAUGACAAGACAGACUACGCGCUACGAUAUCUUACAGCAAACUAGAAACCGCUGAUCGCGAAAUAUUAUCUGAGCGAACCGUCUAUUUUACGACUAUAUAUUAUAUACGUACGCGACGAGAGCGCCAUUGCGCCCAAGCGAACGACCAAAUCGGGACCCUAUUCCCAGGUGACCGCGGUCGUGGCAAGAUAAUGGAAUAUGUCGACCUCUUCACCGGCCACCGAGGUCGCGCGCCCUCACCAAGACGAUCUCACCGCUACCCAUGUUAAUACGAAAUCGAACCACAAUGGAUUGGACUCGCUUCAUGAUCUGGGGCGGUCGCCUACUAUCUCUGAUGAUCCGAGUACCAGCACACUGCUUAAAGGUUCUGGGAAGAGAGGCACAAAUAAACUUGCGCGAAAGGAUACGGGAGGGAAGGAUAUAAAAGAUAGAAAGGACGCAGAUCCCGGGGUGCGGACCAGCGCGCAACUCACAACCUCGCCGGCACUCGAUCCAUUAUCUCACCAUAUAUUUGCAAGGACUAAUACCGAACGAUCUAUCGCCUCAAGGUUUCGCAACCCCGGACGGCCUGAUAGUCCUGCUAAUGAGGCGCUACCUCGUCUUUCGUCCGAUGUGUCUACCAAACAAGUGACCCCUCAGCUCGAUCACGUUAAGGAUAGAAGGAAGGGGGGUUUCCUUAGUCGCCUUAGCAUGAUCGGCGGCAAGAAGAAAGACGAUGGUAUUCACGACGAUGAAUCCGAAAUCAGCGAAAUGAGGACUGAGGGCGCGAAUGCCGUUGCUUUUUCUUCUACUGUUGGCGCCGGUGGUUAUAUCCCCCACCACAAAGAGCCACCGCGAUAUAUCAGGAUUAGAGCACAGAAUAAGAAAAUUAAAGAGUUCAACCGCAUGUUUCUUGCGCAGGAGCUUGUGGGGACGCAACAGUCGAUCCAGGAUGACCAGGCAGACACCGAUAACGGAACCGCAGCAGUACAGGAGCCUAGAAAGGAUGAACCAGGACCAGGAGGUCCUAUCUGGGCUGUUGAGUUUAGCAAAGAUGGAAAAUACCUAGCCACCGGAGGUCGAGACCGGGUUGUGCGCAUAUGGGCAGUUAUCGCAACACAGGAAGACAGGAAAGUGGACGAAGAGGAAGAAAAUGCUACCAGCGAGAAAGAGGAGCGCCUAAGCGCACCGGUAUUCCACGCGAAACCAAUUCGGGAAUUUGUUGGCCAUGCGGGCGACAUCCUCGAUCUUAGUUGGAGCAAGAACAACUUCCUCCUCUCUUCGUCGAUGGAUAAGACCGUUCGCCUAUGGCAUAUAAGCAGACAGGAAUGCUUGUGCACGUUCAAACAUAAGGACUUCGUUACAUCUAUAGCCUUCCAUCCUCGGGACGACAGAUUCUUCCUAGCAGGUUCUCUUGACUCUUACCUGCGGUUGUGGAGUAUUCCAGAUAAGGCUGUCGCUUAUUCAAGCCAGCUCUCCGAUUUCAUUACCGCCGUUGCAUUUUCCCCCGACGGAAGAACUGCGAUAGCAGGGUGCUCGAACGGAUUUUGUAUGUUUUAUGAGACCGAGGGUCUCAAAUAUCAUACACAGAUUCACGUGCGGUCAUCACGAGGCAAAAAUGCCAAAGGGAGUAAGAUCACGGGUAUUGAAACAAUGGCAUUCCCUCCGGACGCCCCAGACGGUGUGGUGAAAGUUCUCAUCACAUCAAAUGAUUCCCGAAUCAGGAUCUACAAUAUGGGCGACAAGAAUCUUGAUUUGAAGCUCAAGGGACACACAAAUGCGUGUAGCCAGAUCAGAGCCACGUUCAGCGACGAGGGCAAUUACAUCAUAUGUGGAAGCGAGGAUAAGAGAGCGUUCGUAUGGUCUACCAGCUCAAAAUUUGCCGAGAAUAAGGAAAAGAGGCCUUGCGAAUACUUCGAGGCCCAUUCUGACGUUGUCACUGGAGCCAUAUUUGCUCCGACAGCGACACGACAAUUACUGCAAUCUUCUGGCGAUCCUAUAUUUACGCUAUGUAAUCCUCCUCCAGUAACAUUGCUUAGCAAAGAGGAAUCGGCUGUGACUCGGACGGUAGAAUCUCAAGAUACGCAGUCUGAAGGCUCAGCCAAAAUAAAAAAGCCUGAAGAGUCUCCGGUGUAUAUCGCACGCUCCGCUCACUAUGAUGGUAAUAUCGUCGUAACUACUGAUCACGCAGGUCUAAUCAAGGUCUUCCGCCAAGAUUGCGCCUUCAUCAAGCGACGCCAUGAUAAUUGGGAGACUGGUUCGACGUUCUCUAGGAAACUCGGAAGAGAUAGCUUGCUCGGACGAAGUGGCAGCAUAGCCACGCGAAUGAGUGCUAGUAGCCGAGAUCCGCAUUCUCGCCGAGGUUCACUCACGCAACCGCUCCAGGGUAUAUUCCAGGCCAACUCGGAUAGAAUCAAUACAUGGCGACAUGGCGUCGAAGGACAUCCGGGUAGGCCGGUCUCCGUAACCAUCUCAACCCCUGCGCGUAGCGAACGGUCCUUAUCGCCAAGUAAAGCGGCUCGUACUCCCGCAAAUACCACUCCAAAUACAAGAAGACAUCAUUACGCAAGUAUGUCGGUUCCUAGUGUGCCAGCAAGCCCUUCUCCUAGUAAACCAAUAAAUGGUAUCACCAACCGUUCAAAUUUACAAGACUCACUAAUACCACCAACACCGAGCUUCUCAUUCCGGCCACUGGACGAGGAAGAAGACGAAUUGCGUUUAGACCCUGCCGGCGCAAGCUAUUCGUUCUGGAAUCUUAACAGAUGGCGAAACAGCAGCCAAGCGCGAGGCAAUGGCAUUCACGGCUUAACCCCUGAUUCGGCGCAUAACCGUUCUGAAAGCACCGGCCUAGCCUCUGACGUAACGGUGAGCAAGGAUAAUCGACGAAAGAGCACAGCCAUGGAUACGGAAGAGCCCGAUAAAAAGGACGCGUCCGAAAAAGCUACUCGCCGCAAGAGUUUGCCGGCGGGGGCGAUAUUGUCACGGGCGCAGGAAGGUAGCCAUCUGACUCCUCCCAAGCCCGCCGCUUCUCGACCUGAUUCGUACAUCAGCCAAGUGAGCUCAGAAUUAACCAGCGAGGACGGCGAGGACAUGCAGUGUCGCGCAUGCGGUAGUCGAGAGUUCAGGAUGAAGAAAAUCGGGGGCAAGAAGAAGCUAUUGUGCGGGAAAUGUGGCCGGGCGGUUUGAUUUCCGCGUCACUCUUACCACGGCUAGACGAUGAUGUACAGAUAUAUAUGAGGUGACUAUGUUAAAACUAUUACGCGGCUGUACGAAGAAGAACGGGUUUAGGAAUGAUUGGUUGGUUACAUAUACACAUGGCAAUGCAUGUUGGUACUUUUCUAUCAAGGAAGUUUUUGAGUUGCUAAAGAGAACUUUGGGCAUUAGUAUUGUGAUAACUAUUGAUCAUGAAUACUGCUCUUUGAUAUAUAUAUUCAAUUCAUGAAGUGUCUCAUUCCACUGG